CAAUGGGAGACAUUGAAAAGGGCAAGAAGAUCUUUGUUCAGAAGUGUGCACAGUGCCAUACGGUUGAGAAAGGAGGCAAGCACAAGACUGGCCCAAAUCUGCAUGGGCUCAUCGGCCGAAAGACUGGUCAAGCUGCAGGCUUUUCCUACACAGAAGCCAACAAAAGCAAAGGAAUAAUCUGGGGGGACGAUACACUGAUGGAGUACUUGGAGAACCCUAAGAAGUAUAUUCCAGGAACUAAGAUGAUCUUUGCUGGCAUUAAGAAGAAAGGGGAGAGGGCAGAUCUAAUAGCAUACCUUAAGGAUGCCACUGCUAAGUAAUGGUUAUCCGUUGCCUUAUUUAUUUCACCAAGCAAAUGAAAAUGACUCUCUGCGAUGAGAUUGGUUUUUAAACUUUCUAUUUUUACAUACAGUGUACCUGCUAAAUCUUUCUCGUCAGCCAGAGAACUUUGAUCAUGGAUGGUUGUUCAAACAUAUGUACUUGUGUCAUAAUUUAUAGAAAUGUGUAAUUCGG